AUGGACGGGAUUGAUAAAGAUUCUUUGGAUAAACUGCAGCAGCUGAUUGAUCAGACCACUGAGCCAGGAAAGGCUCCAAAUAGGAAGGCCAUUAUUGAUAUGCUGGAUACUGUUGACAUAGCUGAUGAUGUGAAGGAAAAUUUGAAGGCUAUGUUGACUGGUGAUGUCCCGAAGGUCUUUGGCGGUUAUGCUGGGGGCUCUCUGCUGGCUAUUUUUUUCAUUAUACUAGUUUUCGCGUUGAUAGCAAUCGACGCCGCCCAUGGACAUCCCGACCUUAUGGGGUUUAUCUUUAGAAGCCAGACCAAACGGAAAACUAAAAUGGCGGAUCAAGAAGAUUUAGAACAGACACAGGACCCAGGAAUGUCCAUCAGCAAAAUGAUUGGUGAGAAACUGACAGAGUCAAUUCAAAACAUGGAUGUAUUUAGCACACUUCAAAAGAUGGUUUCAAUGGAGCCUGGUGAUGAAGAAUCGGAAGGAAUACAGAACAAAUUAAAAGGUGUUUUGGAGAAGUUUAGAGAUAUGAGUCCUGAGGAGAAGAAGAAGUUUGCUGCGCAGAUUAAAGAGGGUCUUGCGAGCAAAUUGAGUAUGAGAUUGAAGGAUAAUGCCAUGUUGGCUGGCGUUGAAGAUGCUAUCAGAAGUGCAGUGGUGACGAAACUCUACAUGGUUGCUGCAGCUGUCCUAGUCUUCAUUCUAGUGCUAGUAUUCUUCGGCUAUAAGCUAUACAAAUCUAUAAAGGAGAAGGAGAAGAAGCGAGAAGAGAAGAAAAAAGCGAAACAAAUGAAGAAAAAGAAGUGA